AUGUCGACUGCGAACCAAGUGACGCGUACUACGAUUCAGUUGUAUCGCGACUGCAUGCGUCUGGCCAAGCACAUUGGCGGCACGAGUAAGAAGGGUCAGGCCAUCAAGGAGCUCGUGCGUCGAGAGUUCGACAAGGGCCGCCGCGAGGUUGACCCGGAGAAGAUCGAGGCACUGAAAGCCAAUGCUGUGCGUGGACUGAGCAAUUACCUCAUGCUGGCCAACUCGAGCAAAGACCAGCGUCUGCACGACGCUAUGCACAAGAAGUCGCCGCUGACAGCUGAGUACCGAGACGUGUGA